AUGGCUACAGCAAAGAUCGUUGCCCCAGCUCCCAUCACAGAAGUCCCCAUUCCACUCGCCGACAAGUCAGCAGUAGACAUCAAGACAGAAGACAUAGCCGAGGCAGAACCACUGCCCUUCGAUCCAGUCGCGCUCAAGGAGAAGUACCUUGCCGAACGUGACAGGCGUCUCGCUCGCAAUGAGGGUAUCGAGCAGUACACGCUUCUCGACGGCAAGCUCUCACACUACCUGAAAGACCCGUGGGUCGAGUCAGGCUUUGAGCGCGAUCCGGUUGAGGAAGAGACGGAUGUUGUGAUCGUGGGAGGAGGGUAUGGAGCUCAGGUCGUAGCUGUUAGGUUGAUCGAGGCUGGGGUGAAGAACUUCAGGAUCAUCGAGAAGGCUGGUGAGUUUGGCGGUACUUGGUACUGGAAUCGAUAUCCAGGUGCACAAUGUGACAUCGAGUCUUACAUCUAUAUGCCUUUACUCGAGGAGGUUGGCUACAUGCCUACUGAGAAGUACGCCAAAGCGAAGGAACUACUCAAGCACUCGCGCAUAAUCGGCGAGAAGUUUGAUCUUUACUCCAAAGCUCUGUUCCAGACUGAGGUUGGCGAGAUGCGUUGGAAUGAAGAGGAAGGCAAAUGGACAACACACACAUCGCGCGGCGAUGUGAUCAAGUCGCAGUUCGUCAUUCCUGCAGCAGGACCAUUGCAUCGACCGAAACUUCCUGGUCUGAAAGGUAUCGACGACUUCAAGGGUCACUCCUUCCACUCUUCGCGCUGGGACUUCGACUACACUGGUGGUGGUUCUUCUGGUGAUCUGCAUAAGCUUAAGGACAAGCGAGUCGGUAUCAUCGGAACAGGGGCUACUGCAGUCCAGAUUGUUCCUCAUCUCGGUGAAUGGGCAAAGCAAGUCUACGUCUUCCAGCGCACUCCAUCGUCAAUCGAUGUGCGCGGCAACAGACCCACCGACGAAGAGUGGACGAAGGCACUUCAGCCGGGAUGGCAAAGACACCGCAUGGACAACUUUAACAGCCUCAUCAACGGCGGCAACGAGCCUGAAGACCUAGUCGGCGAUCGCUGGACAGAUAUCAUCCGGUCCCUCCUCACCGUCAAAGGCGGCCCCAUUUCAGAUCCAGCUGUGUUUGCCGCCAAGAUCCAGCUCGCAGACUUUAAGAAGAUGGAAAGCAUACGCGCCCGCUGCGAUGAGAUCGUUAAAGACAAAGACACCGCCGACGCUCUCAAGCCCUGGUACAAUCAAUUCUGCAAACGCCCCUGCUUCCACGAUGAGUAUCUUCAGACCUUCAACCGCCCGAACGUCAAGCUUGUCGACACCAAAGGCCAAGGUGUCGAUCGACUCACAGAGAAAGGUGUCGUAGCCAACGGCGAAGAGUACGAAAUUGACUGCCUAAUCUACGCAACCGGCUUCGAACUCGCAAACGACUGGUCGCACAAAACAGGCAUCGAAAUCUACGGCCGCGACGGCACCACCAUCACCGAGAAAUGGAAAGACGGUGCCUCCACUCUACACGGCUGGACGAGUCGCAAGUUCCCCAAUUGUUUCUGGGUGUCCGUCGUGCAAGCAGCGCUGACGCCGAACUUCAUGCACGUCACUGCCGCACAGGCACAGCACUUCGCAUAUGUCAUCUCGGAGUGCAACAAGCGUGGCAUCAGGACAAUUGAGCCGACGCAAGAGGCAGAGGAGGAGUGGUGUGAUAUCAUCGUUAAGGGCACGGCGAUCAGGAGCGACUUCUUCAAGGAGUGUACCCCGGGGUACUAUAACAAUGAGGGCAAGCCGAGUAUGAGUGCGGCGAGGAAUGCGACGUAUGGGUAUGGGUCUCAGGCGUUCAUUAAGAUCUUAGAGGCGUGGAGGGAGAAGGGAGAUUUGGGUGGUUUGGACGUAAAGUACUUUGAUAAGGAGGGGCAGAGUAUUGCGCACUUGUAG